UCUGAGCCUGCCCAGUCUCAGGAGUUAAAACGGACUUUGACCUUAAUUAUAUGAGGAAGUCCUGGGUGGAUCAUGCUUCUGACAGGAACCAAUUUAAACUAAACAUUGCCUUGGACUGACCACAUCUCAGCACAGGUGUGUCUGUGUCGAGAAAUAAUCAUGAGGGGUAAUAGCCCUUUUGCGAAUGACACCAGCAGCUUUAGCGAAUCCAUUCACUCAAGCAACUUCUCUGCUCUGGAUGAAGUAUCUUCACAGGCAUCCAAUCUGUCCAAGCCCAGUGCUAAGGCAGUCUAUAUGCAAAGGAAGGAGUAUGCUGCUUCAAUAAACAAGAUGUUGGACACAUUUCAAUACAGAGUGGAGCAUUUGUUUACCUGUGACCUGGAUGGGAAGGAUCUGAGGAGCAUAUCGGACUGUGUGGAGAGGCUGAGGCUGUUGGACGGGAUGGGGCGAGUGUGGGGGCAGAACAUGGUCUUGGCUUUGAAGGGGGCAGCCCUGGUCCUCACCGACACAGAGACAAAGGAGGAGCUGGAAUCCAUAGAUCUCAAUGAUGUGAUGGAGAUUCAGUCUGUUGUGGAGUCUGGAGUCUUUAACUCUCUGCUCACAGUGUCAGUGCAGAGUCGUACCAAAUCUAAAACCAGCAUCUUCCUGUUCCAGUGUGACGACGUCAGGGCCGAUGUGGUUGAGAAACAUCUCUCUCAUGCACUUUCUCGUAGAGAUGAGAUUUCAAGUCUCAGCAGUGGCAGUAUAGGCUCUCCACCACCACCAGAAGAGCCAGUGCUGUUGUGGACUGCCCCAGAUUAUGAAGAUGACACCACUCUAUCUGAGGUGACCUUACAUGAGGAGGAAGAGGCAUUCCCUUCUCGAGAGCAGACCCCUGUCCCACAGAUGACCCCCACAACAGAAGAUGAACACCUUGACCCCCCCCGAAUCUACACAGAACUGGAUAGAAAUGUGGACAUCUUAAAUCAUAUUUUAGGUGACAUUGAAAUUUUCAUGGGGAAAAUAUCUGCAGUUUUAGCCAAAAAUGGAAAAAAGAAGAAGAAAAAGAAGAAAGUGAUGGACGGCAUGCCUUCUGCAGAGGACUUUGCUGUCUGUCUGCGCAAAAUCAAGUCUGGUUUUAACUUACUGGGAGAGCUGAAUGGAAAAAUCAAUAACCCAAGUGCUGCAGACUUUGUUCACUCCUUAUUUGCAGCACUGGCGUAUGUGGGGGCUCACUGUCCCGAAGGCCUGCCCCCCUCUAUACUAGUGCCUGUGUUAACCCCUGACAGUGUGCAGCUCAUGAGGGAAGAGGUGACAGAUGCAGAGGAAAUACUGUGGCAAAGUCUGGGAGAGGCCUGGAACACUACCAGUGCAGACUGGGCUGAAACUGAGGAGGAUAUACCCACCUAUAACCUGGAGUUUUUCGAUGGCUGGCAGCCUCCUGAGGUGACAACAGAAUCAGAUCCUCACGAUUCUGUGAAGAGGCAGCCAAUUAAGACUCCUACCAGUAAAAAACCAAAAUGGAAACCCCCAAAGCAAUAUACAAAACGCUCAGGAGAACCUGAAUUCAUGGUGGUUAUGUAUGACUUCACCUCAAGAAAUCACAGAGAGCUCUCAAUUGCUAAAGGAGACACAGUUGAACUGCUCGACCGCUCUAGACAGUGGUGGAAAGUGAGGAAUGCUCAGGGAGAAGAGGGUUAUGUGCCCAAUAACAUUCUCCAGUUAAUGGAUCAGCUUAAUGAAGAGGACCUAGAUGGUCCACCAGUCCUCACCAAGAGAUCAAAACCUGCUGAAGUGAAAUCCUGGCUUGAAGACAAGGGCUUUACCAAAAUUACUGUGCGUUGUCUGGGGGUUCUGAGUGGUUCAAUGCUUUUGGGAAUGACCAGAGAAGAGCUGAAGACCCUCUGUCCUGAGGAAGGAGGGAGAGUCUUCUACCAGCUACAGGGCGUCAAGGCUGCUUUGGCUGCUGGAAAUUAGAUACCAUCAGCACUGCAGAGAAGAAACUCACGCUUUGGUCAUCUACAAAACAACUAGAAUUUCUGAUAAUUGCAUCAGUGCUUUUCACAUUUAUUGUAUUUUAUUAUUCAUUUUUUAGAACACUUUUAAUUGCUCACCAGUUAUAUUGUCAUAAUAACUGUCAUAACUUUAAAAAGCUAAACAUUUUAACUUAAAUGCAUUCUGUAUUUAACUA